ACAACGGCAUUCAAGUUUUAUAAUGGCCUGUGAUGAAUCCAGACGUAAAUUCAAUUGGAAAUCUGUGGCAGGAAUUGGAGGUGCGAAUCAGAUGAAGGAGGCCCCAAAUCUGGCCCAAUCGAGGUAUCUCGCUGGGAGUAUGGUUUCAAGGAGCGAUUCUCUGUGUGUGUAACUUCCUUCAACUACAAACCAAUUCAAGAGGAUCCUUUGUUACGGCAGCCUUACGCUCAGUUCGAGACACCACUGAGUAAAAUAUCACCUGUUACGCCAAUAAUGAUAACCCAACCAAAUAAGAGCGACGGAUCACUUGUCGCUUGGACGGAGUCAUCUCGGCUGAGCGAUGACUCAGAACAUCUCCCGAGUGACCCACCUAGAUCCAAACCAAAGCGCUUCUAGAUGUGAAAGUGCCGUCGAAAUUCGAACAGUGAACCAAACUAGAGCCCUCGGUACCGACGCUCCUGAACACAAGGAGAGCGGGGAGUGGAUGGAUUGGAUUUUCAUUUCAGAAUCGCUGUUGUCUUCGCUAGCAUUUAACUCCGGAGGAGUCACGGAUCGAGUUCUUUGUACAUGGAGUGAGUGAGAUUCUAUUACAACAAACUUGAGAAGAGGACUUGGUUCCUACUAGUCAGAGAGGAGAACACUUACCCUUAUUUAGCUUGUCCUUGAUUCACUAUGGGGAGAUUCACACUCACCCUGACCUGUGUGGUGGCCUCUUUAUGUUGGAGCUCAGCUCAACGGGUUUCCCGUCAGGGUGCCCGAAGAGCGUGUGUGGCCGAUGGCAUUGAAAUGUGCAGUUAUGAGAACCACAACGGGAUGCUGCAAAAGUUGAACAAUUUGGCAUUGCAAUACCCCAGAUUGGCUCAGGUCGGGUCGGUGGGGAAAAGUGUUCAAGGUCGUGAUCUUGCCUACAUCAAGAUCAGUGGAAAUGUCUCCUCCCGAAAUGUGAUGGAGCCCAUGUUCAAGUUUGUGGGGAACAUGCAUGGAGAUGAGACCCUGGGCCGACAACUCAAUAUCUACAUGGCCGAAUAUCUAUUGAAGAACUAUGCCACGGAUAGUCGUAUUCGCCAAUUGGUAGAUAACACCGAGAUCUUCUUGAUGCCAACCAUGAACCCGGAUGGAUACUCGAGUUCCUCGCCAUCUUGCGGGGCAAGCAUCUUUCAGGCCCUGAGCCAUGUCUUCAGUGGAAAUCCAAGGCACAAUGCCCGGAACAAAGAUCUGAAUCGAAAUUUCCCCAAGCAAUUUGACGAGAACCAAAAUGUUCCUUUCAAUGAAUUGAAACGAGGCAGGGAGAUCGAAACACAGCAUAUUAUGGACUGGAUUAAGGGCAACCCGUUCGUUUUGUCAGCCAAUAUGCAUUCCGGAGCCAUGGUUGCCAGUUAUCCUUUUGAUGAUUCUGCAGCUCAUCAGUCCAAAGGACGCUAUUCAGCCUCACCAGACGACAAGUUCUUUCGGUAUGUUGCCAAAUUGUACUCCCAGAACCAUCCCCAAAUGGGCCAAGGCGUGAACUGUCGGGAGCGUUUUGAGGAUGGCAUCACCAAUGGAGCUAAUUGGUACGAUGUUCCCGGAGGAAUGCAAGACUUCAACUACCUCCAUUCGAAUGCUUUCGAAAUCACCCUUGAACUGACUUGCUGCAAGCAUAUUCCCGCUUCAGAACUGGCCAAGGGCUGGUCUGAUAACAAAGAGUCCAUGUUAAAAUACAUGGAAGCCACUCAUCUUGGAGUGAAGGGGAUGGUUUUGGACGGACAAACCAAUAUCCCCGUCCCAAAUGCUCAGGUUCAUGUUGAAGGUAUCAAUCAUCCAGUGACCACAACGAAUAAAGGCGAAUAUUGGCGUCUCCUUGCCCCUGGAACCUACCGCUUGUUCGCCACGGCCCCCGGAUAUCUUCAGUCGUUGCCAGUGAGCGUCAACGUUUUGGAAGCCUCACCUCCCCAAGCUCUGAUUAGCCAUUUUAAUUUGAUCAAAUCCAAAAAGUAGAUCUGAUAAAGAUCAGUCAACAAUCAAGUGCAUGAAUUGGAAAUAUAGGAUUGAUAAACCAACAAUCUAUCUUUUAUG